GUAUGCGUUUAGUCUCUUGGUUUACAUCUUUGAAUACAAGGGCCUCUCGUCAAAUUGAUCGAGAAUGAACAUGCAUUUAUUUUUCCUCUGUUUCUGAGAAAGCUGAGCUUAUUGAUAAACAGCAAAGGUUUGCCAGCCAGAUGUGAAGUAAUUAUAUCUGUUUAAGGUUGAAUAAUUUGUAACAAAGCAAGAUGUUGUGCUGUUUUAAGCGAAAUACACCUGAAAUCAAAUAUGACACAGAAAAUGGAAUGUCUCUUCAUCAGAUGGAGAAUACAGAGCCAAUACCAUCGAUGGAAGAACUCAAUGCAAAAUUCAGUGAACUGGUUGAUGAGCUGGACUUAUCCACCCCUCACAGAGAUGCAAUGUUUAACUUGCCUCCUGAAAAGAAAUGGCAGAUAUAUUGCAGCAAAAAGAAGGAACAAGAUGAUCCUAAUUCAGCAUCAUGGCCUGACCCGUAUCUAGAUAAAUUAAGAUCAAUGACAACAAUGGUGAUGUUUAGUCAUGCAGAAGAAGACAUAGACUCAAGAACAAAAAUGGUAGAUAGUUUAAAGACUGCCUUAAGAACACAACCAAUGAGAUUUGUGACAAGAUUCAUUGAAUUAGAUGGCCUAUCUGUGCUGCUAGAUUUCUUAGAGAAAAUGGAUUAUGAAGUACUUGAGAGUACCAUACACACAUCUGUGAUUGGCUGUGUGAAAGCCCUCAUGAAUAAUUCACUUGGACGAUCACAUGUGCUAGCUCAUCCAACUGGUAUAAAGAACAUAACACAGAGUUUAAGCACCGAGAAUAUAAAAACGAAGAUUGCGGUCAUGGAAAUUUUGGGAGGUGUGUGUUUGGUUCCUGGAGGCCAGAAAAAGGUGUUAGAUGCUAUGGUCCAUUUCAAGCAGUUUGCUCAUGAAAGGACACGAUUCCAGACUGUAGUGAAUGAUCUAGAUAGAAGCACUGGAAGAUAUCGUGAGGAAGUGAAUCUGAAGACUUCUAUCAUAUCGUUCAUUAAUGCCAUCAUCAGAUAUGGAGCAGGAGAGGACAGCCUUGAGUUUCGAAUUCAUCUUCGUUACGAGUUUUUAAUGCUGGGAAUUCAACCGAUCAUUGAUAAACUUAGAACCCAUGACAAUGCCACCUUAGAUAGACAUUUAGAUUUUUUUGAUCUUGUCCGAAAUGAGGAUGAGCGAGAGUUAGCAAGGAGAUAUGAAAUGAUUCAUGUUGAUUCGAGAAAUGCUAACACUAUGUUUGAUGUUAUUACAAGAAAGAUCUCCCACACACAAGCUUAUCCCCACUUAAUGUCCAUAUUGGAACACUUUUUACUCCUUCCAAAUGAAUCAGCAUCACAGAGUGCACAUUAUUGGGCUUUGAUUGACAUGCUCAUCCAACAAAUAAUCCUCCAGCAAGGGGAUGGACACAACCCUGAUGUGUCCCUCGUAGACUUCAAUUUCAAAACCAUCAUUGAAAAAGUUAUCAAUCAAGAUAUGGUGCGUAAGCAACAGGCAAGGGAAAUGCAACAAAAAUGUGAUGAGUUUCAAAGCCAACUUGAUAGGAAAGAUCGGGAGUUGGAAGCUAAGACAAUUGAGAGGGAUGAGGCAAUGAGUGCGUUGAAAACCAUGCAACAACAACAAAAAUCAGACCACGAUAGGAUCAAAUUUGAGUAUGAGCAGCAACUACAAAUGAUUCGAUCUGAGGCUGAUAGGGAAAAAGGUGAACGAGAGAGGUUGGAACACUUAGUAAAAGAUGUCUCAAGUAUGUCUCCAAGCCUUUCAGAUGAACAGAAGUUAAGUAGUACUGCACCUACACCAGGACCACCACUGCCACCUCCAUGUGGUGGGCCACCCCCACCACCAAUGCCACCUGGUCCACCUCCUCUGCCAGGAAUGGGUGGUGUACCUCCUCCACCCCCGGCAUUCCCCGGUGCUCCAGGCAUGGUGCCACCUCCUCCACCACCAGGCAUCGGUGGAUUCACUGCAGUGCCAAAGAAAACAAAAAACAUUCCCAAGCCAUCACAGCCUCUUAAGUCUUUCAACUGGUCAAAACUUCCCGACAAUAAGUUAGUGGGAACAGUAUGGCUAGAUCUGGAUGAAAUGAAGGUUCUCAAACUAAUGGACUUCCAGGAAUUUGACAAGACAUUUUCAGCAUACCAGAAGCCAAGAACAGAGGAAGAUGAUCCUGGUUAUGGGAGCUUCCGUACUCCAUCCAAGCCUAAGGAAUUGUCUGUGAUUGAUGGUAGGAGAGCACAGAAUUGUACUAUCUUACUGUCGCGUAUAAAACUUACAAACAGAGAGUUGACAAAAGCCAUAAUGGAGAUGGACAAAGGAGAGGAUAUUCCAAAGGACAUGCUAGAGCAGCUUUUGAAAUUCACCCCAUCUCCAGAAGAAGUGAGUAUGUUGAAGGAGCAUGAAAAGGAUCAGGAAAACAUGGCAAGGGCUGACCGAUUCUUACUAGACAUGAGCAAAAUUGUUCAUUAUGAACAGAGGUUAAAAGCUCUGUAUUGUAAAAAGAAAUUUCAAGAAAGAAUGAAUGAUGUGAAGCCUAAAGUAGAAGCUGUGUUAAAGGCAUCAAAGCAAGUGAGCAGCAGCAGAAAGUUAAAACGUUUACUUGAGAUAGUGCUAGCAUACGGCAACUACAUGAACAAAGGUGCACGAGGAAAUGCCUCUGGUUUUAAGGUAGCCAGCUUAAACAAGAUUGUAGACACUAAAUCAAGUAUGAACAAGAAUAUGACACUGCUUCACUAUCUCCUGCAGAUGACUGAGGUUAAGUUUCCAGAUGUUUACCGACUAGAAGAAGAGAUUCCAGAUGUACCCUUUGCAUGUAAAGUCAACAUGGGGGAACUGGAGACUGAAAUUAAGCAAAUAGGAGCUGGACUACAAGAAGUUAAAACUGAAUUAGAGUUCCAGAAAGAUCGUGUUCCAGAAAGAGGCGAUAAGUUUGUUCCUGUCAUGAGCGACUUCAUAACACUUGCUACGAUAAACUUUGACAAACUCGAGGCACAAAUAUCACAGGCAAAAUCAAAGUUUGCUGAUGUGGUAAAAAUGUUUGGGGAAGAUCCAAGUAAAGCACAGCCUGAAAGUUUCUUUGGAACAUUUGCUGCAUUCUUGCAAGCAUUCAAUGAAGCAAAAAUUGACAACAUCAACUUCAAGAAGAAACGAGAGGAAGAGCAAAAGAGGGCCAGAUUAGAGGUUGAGAAAAUGGAAAAAGAACGAAAGAAGAAUAAGAAAGGGCAAGACAACAAAGGCAAAGGAAAAGGCAAGAAUGGUGUUGGCGAGUUUGAUGACCUCAUAUCAGCCCUGCGAACAGGAGACGUCUUUGGAGAAGACAUGGCAAAGAUCAAACGCAAUAAACGACGAAAUGCAAAAGAUUCAGCAGAAAACAGUAAUAGUCGGGAACGGACGGGAAAGAAAAAUGUAUCGGCAUACUAACAGGAAAUGUCUUUCAAAUUUCAUCAAGUUUCUUGUUGUAAUACUACUAUGUAUCUUAGUCAUUCAUAUUUAUGAUUGGGUUUUAGGUUCAGAACAUAAAUUUCUUUCAGUUUAUUGGUCAAUAAUUAUUUAUGCACAUUGUAAACUAUUAUUAAUACAGUAAGCCUAUAGUAGCUAAGUUUGUGUACUUAAUACAGUAUCAGUCCAUAUUACAUAAAAUAGGUUAUCAAAUUAUUUACUAUUUAUUAUCUUAAUAAAGAUGGUUGUUUAACAUGUGAAAUGUGAAAAUGUAGUCAUCAGAUUCCAAAGUCAAUUAAAAUAAAUAAUUUAUUAUUUAUUUUGCUGACAAUUAAUAAAAGUGGAGCAUAUUUAGUAUGUGGAUGACAUAUUGCUACAGCAUUUUCGUAUCAAGUGUUAAAUAUUUUCUUUUUUAUCAAUAUAACAUUUGUAUUAUAGGAUUAUCCAACAUAGUUGGCAAGCAUGUGACCAAUGCAUGUACAUACAGUUUGUUACAUGUUCCCACGAGAGCUGGACAAGGCUAAAAGUUUUGAAAAAAUCAAAUGUUUUGUCAAAAAUGAUCUAGUUUGAUAUUUUCACUAUAUUACAUGUUAUUUUUUCAUAUACUAUCUAUCUACAUCUGACAACUAAAAGCAAAGAUACUAGAUACACAAGAUAGAGUUCUCCACAGAAAAAAACUGUUCCACCGAAAUGCAUGGUGGGAAUACAAACAAGUACGGCUGGUUCUAAAAAACUUGUGCCACCGUUACAUAACUGUGAAUUUAUAACCUCCUUUCGCGGAUAUAGAAAUCGUUGCCAUUAUCCAUAAGAUACAAACAAGUAGGCAUAAAUAAAUCAAAACAAUAAAAUGACAGACACAAAAGCGCAAAAUCGUAUGACCGGACUCUGAUUAGAGAAAAAGUUUUCCUCCAUUAGUGGAAAAAGAAGGGCGCCGUGUGCAUCUGGAUAUACUUAGCAACAGAAGGGCGCUCUGUACGUCUGGACCAAGUAUAGAAAACUUGCAUUAUAAAAAGGAAAGGGCGCCGCGUACGUGUGAACCAAUUUCUGCCUCAUUUUUGCUAUGCGAGUGCUCUAUCUCGUAUUUCUGGUGUCUUUGCUAAAAGUUACAAUUUUGUUGUUUUUAUAACAUGCAAAUAUAUUGGUGGCUUCUGAAUUUUUUCUCUUCGUCUGGGUUACAGGUUAACACAUUGUAUAUAUUGAGAUUUAACAAACCCAGUUUUUCUUUCAUUGUUGCCUGAUCCAUUGAAAUAUAUCUGUAAUUUCAUUUCAGUUUCAAAUAGUUUUCUAGGGGCUUAAAAUUGUAAAAUGUGCAAUGUAUUUUGAAUGCUUUCUUGAAUUGUCUGUGUUUAGUUUAUAGAAGAAAGAAAAAAGGAAAGGCAAAGAAAAAUAACUUGUCCAUUUGCACAUUGCCGAUGUGUUUGUAGGCAGAACAUAUUGUAAUGUUUUAUUUUAUAGUUUGUUACAUGUGUGAAGUAAUAUCCAUAAUUAAAUAUAUUUGGUUCAUUGGGAAAAAGUGUAAAUAUGAUUUUACUAUCAAUUACCAUCAUGAAAAAAAAAAUAAACAUGAAAUUUGAUACAAAUAGUUUAAAUAUGAAAUUUGAUACAAAUAGUAUAAAGUAUUAUUUAAUUCACUAGCAUGACAUUCACUGUAUAUCUACUUAAAACCUUGUAAUGGUGUCUAAAUUUGAAAGAUUCAUUUAUAAAUUCAAAAUAAUUUUUGUUCAGUUAUUAGACAUAUAUUGUAAAAAUAGUAUACCUAAACUUCAACAUUUUUUACAGUACAAUAAUCUUAAUUUCUUUUUAGAAUAAUUUGUUUCAACUUAUAAUAAGGCUAGGUUUUUUUUUAUACAUUGUAUCAUCAGAGAAGGUGGGGCUGGAAAAUAAAAAUUUUUUUUUUUUUUUUUUGAGCAAAUGGUUUUGCCAAAAAUAUCCAGAUGGAGGAGAAAAUGUUGAAAUUUUAUUGGUGAAUGUAAACAGUGCAGUAAUGGGAUAGUUAAAUACUUUAAAUUUAUAUAAACAGGAAGAAAUACAUAUCUUAUUUAUAAAAAUUUCAAGGCAGCGGCAAGCAUAAUUUGCACAUUGCCGAUGUGUUUUUUUUUUUUCCUGAAAUUUCUAUUUUUCCCAUGGCGGCAGGUGUGCUAAUGGGCCAAAAAUAAAAUUUUAUUUUUAUUCAAAAUCAUUAUUGGCGGGCAGCGGGUUCACCAUCAAUGUAUAAAAAAAAAGUCUUGCCUAACUAAUGCAUAUGGACAUUCAUCACAAUUUCAGCCACACUUUUAUAUAUGGCUGAUAUCUUGUCAAAACAAUGUUCAAAUUUCUCCAAGUAGACUGAAAUAGAACAUUAUGUGACCCUUUUGUUACCCAAAUAUUUUUGGCGUGUAAAUAUUAAGUGUUUAUUAAUACUGUAUUUGUAAAUAUAUUAUACAUUUAUAUGCAGUAACACAAGAACACAUAGAAAUGAAUAAUAAUCAGAUGAUAAAUUGUGUGGAUCACUUGGGAGUAUUGGAUAUAGUCAGAACUGUUAUGCUGUGUUUUUUUUUCUGUCUAAAUGUUGGUGAUAAUCUUUUGGUCUGGAUCGAGUCAGUUGGUAAAAAUUUACAUGUCAAUUACAUGUUGUAUUUAAGUAUAUGUAUUCUGUGUUAAGGUAAUACGCUCCUAAUCACCUUAUAUACUUCACUUGUAAAUUACUAUGAAUACUGAAACAUUGUGAAAACCACUUUUAUAGCAGUGUUUAUAGUGGAUAUUAUUUAAAUAUAUCUCAAUAUUGAAAUACUGUUUAUAGUAGUAUCAGUCACCCAGAUCUUAUUGGAAAUUAUGCUAAUUUUUUCUGUUAGUGGCACCUUCAUAAUUAAUAAUUAUUAAUAUUUAUUUAUUAUUAAUAAUUUGUAAUUAUUUGGAUUUGUAUUUUUUAAAAACUGCCAUGAUGCAUCACAGUGAUAAUUAUUGACUUGUUUCAACAAUCUUCCAUCACCUUGAAUGUCGUAUUCAAUGCUGUGUUUCUUUGAUUCUAUUAAAAUACAUCAUUGGGUGAACCACUUGUA